AAGCUUCAAGGAAGCCUUCCACACAAGGCGCCGAGUAGUUUUGAAAGAGUAAGAAACCCAGUAAGCUCCAAUAAUAACGUGUCGCACACCUCAGAUCGAAGGUUGCAAGCUGGGAGUGUUGGCGCUGUCUACAUACAGUAUGCAAGUUUCGCUUUUGUCUUUUUGUCUGUCGGGAGCGAAAUCAAAUCAACCAUUUAA